UCUCACUCCAAAUCCACAUGCACAUGUUCCUGCUAUUCCCCUUUCUCAUCAUUUGCUGCAAAUUAUUUUAGACUCUUCUUUUUUUGUCCCAUUGGGAGGACUCUUACUCCUGGUCUUUUCAGUGAGAUAUCCAGGAAUGGUUAUUCCCCAAUUGCUUGUUUACAGGUCGUAUAGUGCAUAGCUUCUGUGGCGAAGUAGUAAUUUACUUCCAUUGGUGAAUUUCUUGUGGAUGCAACAGUGUUUGAAGAUAAGCAGAUGGGAGAAAGUGCCGCUUCCAAUCCUUCUUUGCAAGUGUCUGUUUCAUUUGGGAGAUUUGAGAACGAUUCCUUGUCUUGGGAGAGAUGGUCCUCUUUCUCUCCUAACAAGUACUUAGAAGAAGUUGAGAAGUGUGCCACACCUGGAUCAGUGGCUCAGAAAAAAGCCUACUUUGAAGCCCAUUACAAGAAGAUUGCUGCCCGGAAAGCCGAAUUGCUGGCUCAGGAGAAGCAGAAGGAGAAUGAUUCUUUCAGAUCAGAAGAACAAGAUGAAAUAGAUCUGGGUGGCAACACUGAUGUACAACUUGAUAAAUCCGACACUCAAGGUUUCGAUGAAGGAGUUACACAAGAAACCAGUUCUGUUGCUGAGAUCCAUAGGACCCAUGUUAAUGAUUCUGAGGAGGAAGUUGCAGUUUCAAGAGAUUACGAAAGUUCGCCGGUUGAGAUGGAGAACAAGGAAGUGGAAAGUAUAUCACAUGGUUCCUUCCAGAUGGAUGAACCUGAAGAUGUAUGCGUGAAACAAGAAGAAAGUCCUAACAUUGAAGAUGAAGAUGUGAAGGAAAUUUCCCACGUUGUGUACAAGGACACAGCAAAGGCUUCAGAAGUUGAAGCAAAAGAUGUGAAAUUGGUUCAACCAAAGGAAUCUAAGGUUACCUCUGUGAACAAGGGUAGCCAUGCAGCCAAGACAAAGAAGAAACCAAUGCUACAUACUUCUAAGGCAUCCCAGAUUUCCACACCAAAAAGUUCAAAGCCUGCAUCAACUCCUACCAAAACAGUAACACCUGCUUCUUCAACUAAAAAGGGAAGUUCUCCAUCUUUGUCUAGGAGGCAAAUUACUUCUAGUGGGGAGAGCAGAAAAUUUGCUAACAAACCUUUGCACAUGUCUCUGAGUUUGGCUCCAAGUAAUCCUGAGCCAGCUCCUCAAGCUACCAUGAGGAGAUCUUUAAUCAUGGAGAAAAUGGGGGAUAAGGACAUAGUCAAACGAGCAUUUAAGACAUUCCAGAACAGCUUCAACCAGCCAAAAGCUUCUGGUGAAGACAAAUCUUUGAUAAAGAAGCAGGUUCCUUCAAGAGGGACCGUGUCAAAGGUUCCAACAUCUACGGCUUUGAGGAAAGAAAAUGGACGGCCAACUAAGGUUGAGAGUGCGGAUAAAAGUGGAAAUGCUGUACGAACUUCUUUUGGCCCAAAAAGUGAUAUCAGAGCAGAGAAAGGAAAAGAGUCUUCAAGAAAAAUAGAGGAAAAAUCUAAUGCUAGAGAAGUAGAAAGAAUGCGUCUUCAAUCAAAAGUAAAGGAGGAAAAAAAAGAGGCAGAGAUUAAAAGGUUAAAACAUAAUGUCAAAGGCACAUCCACACCAGCUUUUUACCGUGGUCAAAAAGUAGUAAAAAGUCGUCCAGAAAAGGGUGAUGCUAAAAGUAAAAGUUAGAAUCCUUGGUGUCCCCACAAGUGAUAAAGGUGAAGAAGAAGGAGAAAAGAGGUUAAAUACACCAGUGUAUCAGGUAGACCUGUAUGUUCAGUGGAAAUGUUUGUGGAAACAGCUCAAUGCUGUGAUAUUCAUGUUUGGUAAGCAACAGUGGAGCUUAUGAACAUUGUGAGGAGUAGGAGGAAGGAGUAGGCAUCAUUUAUUGAUGAUAAUUUUCUUCCUUGCACCCCUCGUAGGCAUUAUGUUGAUUAGGAAAUAAUAUUGUAUAAUGUAAUGUAAGAAAUGCAAAUAUCUAUUGUCAUUGGUUGCAUUAUUAUUCUGCUUCUCUACCCGUCCUAUGUGGGUGAUUGAUAUGGUUUUUAACAUGUUGUAGACCAUGUAUCUCUAAGAAGCUAAGGUGAUAUAAAAGUUGUCUAAAGUUCAACUCGCCUAUCUCCCCCAUUCACAUGCAAUGAUGCAAGACUUUGUUACAUUGGGAAACAUGAUUGAAGAAUUUUCAGAACCAAGGAACAAGACUAAUUAAGUGGGUUACACAAAGCAGAUUAAUUUCAGUAUCAAGUUUGACAUAUGUUCUCUCCAAUAUACACUAAUCAGAAAUAAAUAUUGCUGGAUGUGCUACCUAUACGAGGAAGAAUUCUUAUGCUAGCAACUUGAAAUUUUGAACUUGUA